CCCAGGGAUAAUUCAAAUUUUGGUUGGUGAUGCGUUGGGGACUAGCAAAUGAGUUUAUCCUUGUCUCAUUCAUUCCGGUUGGCAUAUUUUCAGCAGCAGCAAACAUGGUGUUGGCACUUGCUUUGUCCGCAAACCGUUCAUGUUUGUGUUCUUCUACCACCUUUCAUCCACACCCACUAUUAAAUCCUUCACCCUCCCUCCAUUUUUCACCUUCAACCUUCCAUCCUCAACCCCUAUGCUCCCUCAUCAAACAAUACAUCAUACCACAACCAUCACACAAGGCCUCCAUUCACCGCCGCCGCUGCAGUAACUCCCUCGCCACUUCCGACGCCCAAUUCGCAUCAAUCAUUGCUCUGUUUCAAGAUAUUGGAAUCGGCUUUGAAGAGACCCAAGUCCUCUUGUGCAACAACCAUGACCUAGCCUCUGUGCCAAUUGACUCAUUGCACGUUCGCUUUCUCUCUCUGCGCUCUCUUGGCUUCGACCCUCUCACUCUCUGCAAAUUAGUCACAAAGCGCCCAACCAUAUUAACAGCCAACGAAAUUGACCCUUUGUUAACCUUUCUGAGAGACAAUUUGCAAGGAAAACUCGAGAAACAGCAACUCAAUCGCCUCUUAUCUUCUACGGAGCAAGAAUUCUUGGAGAGUUUUCCUCAGAAGGUUCAAUUCCUAGUUGACCGAGGAAUCCCCGUUGACCAGGUUGUGCACGUGCUAAACAAAGUGAAUUUGUCAAAGGUCUUGUGUCGUAGGUCGCUUGAAGAAAUCGACAGAACCAUAUCUUUCUUAGAACCUUUUGGUGGCAUUGCUUUGAUUCUGAAACGUCCUCAAAUUUUGAACCAUGAUUUGGAUACUCAAAUUGUUCCUAGAGUCAAAUUUCUGAUGGAGCUUAGUGAUGGAGAUGAAGAUAGUGUUGGGAAAGUGCUGCUUAGGUUUCCCAUAUUCUUGAAUUACAGUGUGGCACAUGUGGAGGAACACGUAGGGUUUCUGAGUUCUUUUGCCGAGUUUGAUUACAAACAGAUAUUUAGGAUAAUACAAGUUUACCCGGCUAUUGUUACUACUAGCAGAGAGAGGAAACUGCGUCCUAGAAUACAGUUUCUCAAGGAAUGUGGGUUGGAUUCUGAUGAGAUCUUCAAGUUCUUGAUUAAAGGGCCCACGUUUCUGAGCAUUUCAUUCAAUGAGAACAUCGCUUAUAAGCUGGUGUUGCUGGUGAAGAUUGGCUAUAGGUAUAGGUCAAAGGACUUGGCAAUGGCGAUUAGGUCUGCUACUAGGACAAACUGUGGGAACAUGCAGAAGGUCAUUAGUUUGUUCUUGAAUUAUGGGUUUUCGUGUGAAGACAUUGUUGCUAUGAGCAAGAAGCAGCCACAGAUACUGCAGUAUAAUCACACCUCUUUGGAGAAGAAGAUGGAGUACUUGAUAGAGGAGAUGGGGCGGGACAUUGAGGAGUUGCUGCUUUUUCCUGCAUUUCUUGGGUACAAGCUUGAUGAUAGGAUUAAGCAUAGGUUUGAAGUCAAGAAGCUUGUUAGAGGCAGGGGAAUGUCUAUCAAUAAGCUUUUAACUGUUUCUGAGGAGACAUUUGCUGGCAAACGAAAAAAGGUCAUGCCGUAGCCGAUCUUGAGUUAGAUAAAGGUGAAUAUGUCAAUUUUUUUUCCUGUUUUUAGCCUCAGUUUCGAUGCCCCUUGUUGUUUCAUUCCUUGUGUCUCAAAGGCUUUCCCAAGAAACAUUAGGGGAAAGAGUCAUACUAGUAGUUCCUCAGCUCUUCCUAUUAUUCUGGCGUUGAAAAAGGGGGAAAAUGUUGAAGUGAGACCGCUACAAUCAAAUAUGAAAACAGGUAAUUGUGUUUGUGGCCAUUAAGGCAAUAGUGUUCUGGAAGUAACAUUUUUCUAUAGCAAACUUAUUUUUCACUGGCAACUGCUGUGGAUAUACAAACCGUUAAUUGAUUUUCUUGAAGCAUAAAAGAAAUUAGUUUUGCCAUAUCGGGAUGAAGCAAUGCUGUUUCCUGCAGAAGUAACCAUUAAAUCAGAGUUUGUGCUUUGUAGUGUGAUAUUUGUUUAUGUAAGACGCCUUGGAUUACAUAUUUCUAAGAGAAUGUCAUUGUCAUCAGAUUUUGUGCCAGUUAUAUUAUUUAUACAACAAUUUUCUAUUACAUUAA